AUGGCUAUGAAAUACGUUGCAGCAUAUCUUAUGUGUGUGUUAGGAGGAAAUGAAAAUCCAGGCUCAAAUGAAGUUAAAAAUGUAUUAGAAGCAGUAAAUGCAGGUAUAGAAGAUGAAGUAUUAAAUAAUUUUUUAAAUUCAGUAAAAGGAAAAAGUUACCAUGAAUUAAUUAAUGAAGGAUUAAAAAAAUUACAAAAUAUUGGAGGUGGAGCCGCAUCAGUUGCAGCAGCAGGUACAACUGAAAAUGCUGAAGUUAAGAAAGAAGAAAAGAAAGAAGAAAAAAAAGAAGAAGUAGAAGAAGAAGAAGAAGACGAUUUAGGAUUUUCUUUAUUUGGUUAA